UGGUGAUGGAUGGAUGGAUGGAUAGAUAGACAGAGAAUAAUAGUACGAAUAAAGAUUCCCUCCUUAGGGCAAGUGUUGUUCAUAUGGCCACAAGAGGUCGCUGCAGACCUGACACAAAAGAAGGUUUUUUUCCACUGGCGCUGCCAUGCUCUCUCCAGUAGCUUUCCAGAAGGAAGGGGUAAGGAUGGAGAGAGGAAAUGAGGGUGGUGACCAGAUGCCCCAUAGCAUUUUCUGCCCUCUGUAGGACAGGCCCAGAGCUUCAUGCCCAGUCUGGCUCCAUCUUCACCCGACUCCUGGUCAUUUCCACUCCUGUCUUAAGUUCUAGGCUUUUGAUGUUUCUCCAAUGUGUUCUGUCUUUCAGACCUAACUCAGAAAUGGUCUCAGGUUUCUCCAUAGGCCUGUGGUUCCAGCUAUGGAUGAGACUCCAAUCGCAGCAGACUUUCUGGCUGAGUGCCUUUGCACAAAGUACUUAUCUUUCUGGGCUUCACUCAAAAUACUAAGGUUGAGAGGAAGGCUCUAGUAGUUAAGGCUUCCUGGCCCACACUUCUUACAAUAGCUCACCUUCACCGAGCACUUCCUACUCGCGGGCAUUGGUCUAAGUCUGCAGUAUCCAAGGAGGCAGACACUUGUCACAUGGAGCUGUUUAAAUUUUUUAAAAUUUCAACUAAAGUAAAAACAAUUAAAACUUCAGUUUCUCCAUCUCAUGAGUCUAUUUCAAAAGCUUAAUAGCUCUACGUGGCCACCAAACUGGACAGCCCAGAAAACAUUUCAUCAUCACUGAAAGUUCUAUUAGAUCUUGCUGUCCGAGUGCGUCUCAUGUUUUUAAUCUUGUUUAACCUUCAUAACAACCCUAUGAAGCAGGUAUAAUUAUUUAUCCACUUUAAAGAUAAGGACCCUGAGGAACAGACUGGUUAAAAACUUACCCAGGGUCUCUCACCAGAUUCGUAUCCAGAAUGAGGAUUCAAGCACAGAUAUUGGGCUCCAGGGCCUACCAUGCAGAGCUGUCCCCUACCCCAAGCUCUCCUGCUCUCCCCUCUCGCCUCUGGGAGCUGCAAUGACUUAUCCUAUUCCCCAACGGCCAUUGUCCCUGACUAAUGCCGCCCUGACAACUGACUCUGAGCGAUGAGAGCACCUGGGCCUGGAGCCUCUUCUGGCUCCUCUUCUGGAUCCUCAUCCACACUCUAUUUUCCUCCCACCUCCUUUUAGCCCCUGAAUUCCCUUAGAGUAUUAGUGUUAGUAUCAUGGGUUUUAAUAUCUCCGCUAACCCAUCCCAUUAUCAGUUCAAGGUCAGCCUGAGUCCUGAAAGAUUCCUAACCUGGGCAGCAGCCCUGUUGCUGCUCCCCGAGGGUCACCUUCAUCCCCAGGGGAAUGACAUGCAGCCAGCUCAGCUCAGAGAGCUGGUUUCACCAAUACCUCUGAAGGCGCAACAGCAUCUUGCUCUGCAAGGGAAGUGUGAAAGGUCGGAUGCCGCUAGAACCCAGUGAAAGCAGAAGUUGCCAGGGCAGAGGCGUCAACCAUUCUGUGUGCAAACCACCGUAGGUGUUUGCAAGCUAGACCACUUGCGGUUAUCCCCUCUCUCUCUUGCCCCAGCUGCUGCCCUGCAGGGCCUCCACACAACCACAGGACCUGCAGCUGAACGAAGCUGGAGACAACUCAGGAGAUCUGUUGGAAAGAGAACGAUAGAGGAAAAUGUAUGAAUGUUGCCAUCUUUAGGACAGGCCCCAUGCUGCUCUGGAUGGCUGUGCUGCUCUUUGUUCCCUGUGUUGGGAAAACUGCCUGGCUGUACCUCCAAGCCUGGCCAAACCCUGUGUUUGAAGGAGAUGCCCUGACUCUGCAAUGUCAGGGGUGGAAGAAUACACCACUGUCUCAGGUGAAGUUCUACAGAGAUGGAAAAUUCCUUCAUUUCUCUAAGGAGAACCAGACUCUGUCCAUGGGGGCAGCAACAGUGCAGAGCCGUGGCCAGUACAGCUGCACUGGGCAGGUGUGGUAUAUUCCACAGACAUUCACACUAACUUCAGAGACUACCAUGGUUCAAGUCCAAGAGCUGUUCCCACCUCCUGUGCUGAGUGCUGCCCCCUCUCCUGAGCCCCGAGAGGGUAGCCUGGUGACCCUGAGAUGUCAGACAAAGCUGCAUCCCCUGAGGUCAGCCUUGAGGCUCCUUUUCUCCUUCUACAAGGACAGCCACACCUUGCAGGACAGGGGCCCUCACCCAGAACUCUGCAUCCCAGGAGUCAAGGAGGGAGACUCUGGGCUUUACUGGUGUGAGGUGGCCACCGAGGGUGGCCAGGUCCAGAAGCAGAGCCCCCAGCUGGAGGUCAGAGUGCAGGCUCCUGUGUCCCGUCCUGUGCUCACUCUGCACCACGGACCCACUGACCCUGCUGUGGGGGACAUGGUGCAGCUCCUCUGUGAGGCCCAGAGGGGCUCCCCUCCAGUCCUGUACUUGUUCUACCUUGAUGAGAAGAUUGUGGGGAACCACUCAGCUCCCUGUGGUGGAAACGCCUCCCUCCUCUUCCCAGUGAAGUCAGAGCAGGAUGCUGGGAACUACUCCUGCGAGGCUGAGAACGGUGUCUCCAGAGAGAGGAGUGAGCCCAAGAAGCUCUCCCUGAAGGGUUCUCAAGUCUUGUCCACUCCCACCAGCAGCAACUGGCUGGUUCCUUGGCUGCCUGCGAGCCUGCUUGGCAUGAUGGUCAUUGCUGCUGCACUUCUGGUUUAUUUGAGACCCUGGAGAAAAGCUGGGCCCCUUCCAUCCCAGCUACCUCCCCCAGCUCCAGGUGGAGAGCAGUGCCCACUAUAUGCCAAUGUGCAUCACCAGAAAGAGAAAGAUGAAGGUGUUGUCUACUCUGUGGUGCAUAGAACCUCAAAGAGGAGUGAAGCCAGGCCUGCUGAGUUUGCCGCGGAGAGAAAGGACAGUUCUAUCAUCUAUGCAGAGGUGAGAUGCCUGCAGCCCAGUGAGGUUUCAUCCAAGGAGGUGAAUAUAAGAAACACCCUCCAAGAAUCCCUUGGCGACUGUGAGGAAGUUCUCUGCUAGUGACGGUGUUCUCCUAUCAACACACGCCCACCCCCAGUCGCCAGUGCUCCUCAGGGGGACAGCAGGCUCCUCGACUCUUUCUGGGGCUCCUUCAAUUCCCAAACCCAGCAUCACAGAGCCCCUGAGCCCUUGUCCUGGUCAGGAGCACCUGAACCCUGGGUUCUCCUCUUAGCAGAAGACCAACCAAUGGAAUGGGAGGGGAGAUACCCCCACCAACACACACACUUAGGGUCAGUCAGUGACACUGGACACAGAAGCCACAGAAAUUUUAUUUCCAUACAAGCAUGUUACUUCCCCCCGAUAUAUAUAUAUCUCAACCUUCAGGAAGUAUCCAGAAGGAGGCCUUGUUAUCAUAGGAGAUGACAGCUCCAUGUGUGUUGUUGUCCCCGAAGACCUUCCAGUGAGACAAGAUGAUGUGGUGGAAGACAGUAAUAUUGAUGAUCCGGACCCUAUGUAGACCUAGGUUAAUGUGUGUGUUUAUUUAUGUCUUCGUUUUUAACAAAAAAAGUUUAAAAAUUUAAAAAAAAAAUUUAAAUAGAAAAAAAUAUAUAUAUAUAUAUAUGAAAUAGUUAUAUGCCACAUAACAGCAUUUCAGUCAGUGAUAGACUGCAUACACAACAGCGGUCCCAGAAGAUUAUAAUGGAGUUGAAAACUUCCUACUGCCUAGUGAUAUCAUAGCUGCCUUAACAUCAUAAUACAAUGCAUUUCUCACACGUUUGUGGUGAUGCUGGUACAAUAAGCUACAGCGCUGCUAGUUAUAUAGAAAUAUAGCACAUACAAUUAUGUACAGUACACUAUACUUGAUAAUGAUAACAAACAACUAUGUUACU